UGUGUGUGUGUGUGUGUGUGUGUGUGUGUGUGUGUGUCCUGUUCAACACGACGUUCACUUCUCCGCUGCAGUCACACGAUAACACAGUGACAGGCGAUCAGGAGGUGGGAGAUAUGGAGCUUCAGAGUCACUUACUUCACUACUGACUGCAUAAACCACCGGAUGGACGCAGUGCUCAGACACUAGCAGCGCCAUGCUCCACCGGAGUAUGAGGACAGGCGGGGUGGAUCUGCCAGAGGUGGGGUCAAAAGAUGUCCCUCUCAUCGGCUACCGUCCCCUCACGCCGGAAACCGGAGGUCCUCCUGGUCAGCUGGCGAAGGAGAAGGAUGCCGGAGAACGCACCUCCUCUUCUCAGGUUGAGGCCUCCCCCAUGAAUACCACUUGGUACUGUCCACUCAACCUGUCCACCGUUUCUGAGAAGGAGGAGGAGGGCAUCAUCUAUACGGUGAUCGUGAAGCCACAACACGGCGACCACAAUACGCAGUCGUCAUGUCACCGCUCGCAGUGCGUAAAGGCCGGGACAGAGGAGAAGCUGGUCCUUCACCUCCUCCACUCCUUCUCCAUGGAGGACACGUCCUUCAUCUCCAUCUUCCUCUCCACCUACCGCUCCUUCACCACCACUGAGAGGGUGCUGGACAUCUUGACGGACAGGUUGGGAUAUCCACCGGGAGACAGCGGCAGUCCCACCCGCCAGACCUUCAACAAGGCAGUGUGCACCGUGUUCAGCACGUGGCUGAGCGAAUACCCGGAGGACUUCCACUCACUGGGUGAAGCCUCACGCCUGCUCCGCCUCGCACCCCUGAUGCCAGAUCAGACGGGGUUAGAGGUCAAAGGUCGACUGCUGAAGAUCGCGGAGGAGCUCAGUGAAAAGUCCCUGAUUCAUGACGCUACUUCAAAGGCUGCAAAUAGUGUGCAGCAAACAUCAUCCCCUGACCCUUCAAAGUUCGACGCCACCAACAUCCUGGCUCUUCCCUCGAGCAUCAUAGCAGAGCAGCUGACCAAGAUCGAGACGGAGCUGUUCCUGAAGCUGGUGCCGUAUCACUGUCUGGGCUCGCUGUGGUCUCAGAGAGAUAAGAAGGGCCGCGAGGGUGUGUGCUGGUCGGUCCGAGCCACGGUGCGUCAGUUUAACCGUCUGGCCAACGCCGUUACAGCCUCGUGCCUGUGGCAGACGGAGCUGAAGACCCAGCAGAGGACGCGCCUUCUGGAGAAAUGGAUCAGCGUAGCCGAGGCGUGCAGAAUCAGGAAGAACUUCUCGUCGUUGUACGCCAUCGUGUCCGCGCUGCAGAGUAACCCCAUCCACAGACUGAGGAAGACGUGGCAGGAGACGGACCGGGAGGCGGUGAAGCGCUACGAGGAACUGGCGUCCAUCUUCUCGGAGAAAGACAACUACUCGCAGAGCCGAGAGCUGCUCAAAGAAGAAGGCACUUCCAAAUCUGCUAACCUGGACACUAAAGUCAACAACAGAAGACACACGUCCAGUGCUCAGGGCACCGUGCCGUACCUGGGCAUCUUCCUGACCGACCUCACCAUGCUGGACGCCGCGGUCAAAGACAGACUAGAGAACGGCUACAUCAACUUCGACAAACGGCGACGAGAAUUUGAGGUUCUGGCUAAAAUCCGUCUCCUCCAGUUGUCCUGCAGAAACAGCACCUUCCGUACGGACGAGUCGUUCGUGCACUGGUACCACAGCGUCCCCGCGCUGACCGUGGAGGAAAGCUACAGACUGUCCAACCUGAUCGAGCCUCAGGGGGAACCGGGUCCAGGACGUCUUACGCAUCCUACCGUUAUCAUCACGCAGUGUCCUGACACUCUCUCCGCUGUGACAAGCUCGGGCAUGGAUGCCGAUGGAAUAUUUGAUUUCCCUUCGCCUGUCAAUCAUCUACUCUCCAGGCUUGCCAAGCACAUGAAAUCCCCUUCCGUUUCCUGUCUGGAUGUCGAAUCGUCCUCUCAACCCACUGACCCCACCCCCACUGCAUCGAGCACACCUAAUAACGUCUCCAAAACCCAUCGGCGCUCCGUCUCGUGCGGAAACGCGCCGUCCAAUCACGCACCGGAGGCGGGGCCAGACAUGCGGAUCGUCAAGAUACGGAUGGAUUUACACGAUGGGAAUUUAUACCGCAGCAUUCUGGUUAGUAGCAAUGACAAAAGUCCCACUGUGAUCAGCUCGGCGUUAGAGAAGCAUAACCAAGACCCCCGAGAGGCCUCCAAAUACGAGCUCAUCCAACUGCUUCCUGAGGGAAAAGAGCUGACAAUACCCGCCACAGGAAAUGUGUUCUACGCCAUGAGCUCAGCUAGCACGGACUUCCUGUUGAGGAGACGAGGAGGAAACACGCCGGUGGAUUCGCCGUCGCUGAACAAUGAGACCUGCGCAACUUUUCCACGAAUCAAGGCCAAGGGGCGGAGGCUGGUCCGAGCACUCUUUUAACACAACAGAGACAAACAUGUGGAGUAACGUUUCUAAUAAAAUCCCAUAGUGUGUAGUAACAUAUGGGAGAAACGCUUAAAGGGAUACUCCAGUGUUUCCGUUUUAUCUUUUAACCUAAUCUCGAACUACGACGUCUGUCGUCCUCGUGUGAUCGCCUCGGACAAGGAAUUCCACACGGUUCCCUGAAGCCAGGGGAAGAAAAAAAAAAACCUGUAAUGGAAGUCUCACCCGUCAUUGUUGGAAAAUUACACGAAACGCUGCUAAAAAAUUCUAUUAUGCUCGCCUCGCCCUCACAACUUUACUGUUUCCGUAUAUAACAGCUGGGGGUUUGAAGUUUAUCGAGCAGCACAAUUCAGAAACGUGUCGAAAUCGGAGUCCGUGGUGAUCACGCGUGCACUAGACACGUGGUGUGUAGAUAUUAGGUUAAACCCGUUGGAGUAUGACUUUAACGUGAUUGACGAUGUAAAUCGGCUGCCUCGGCUAAAUUCUGCACUGGUUUUUGCAUUUCAGAAGUUCAACUAGGACAGCGACGAGAACGAGAACGAUGCCACGCUGCCGGCGUCGCGGCUUUCUACCUCGAACGGACCCAUACCCUUAUUAGCUUCAGCUAAUCCGUGAAAACGCCGCAUUAACGGCGACAAGGAAACCACGACUGCAACUCCACCACUCACGUGUCCAAAUGCACGUUAACGUCCUCCUGUGACUUUAUUUUAAGCAAAAAGAUAUUUAAAAAAAAAAAAAAAAAAAAAAAAAAAAAAAAAAAAAACUCACUGCCACUUUGUAACCAAGUAUGCAAACACGAGGUUCUGACUAAAGCUUUUAAAGAUGUCGAUCUAACAGCAACCCAUAACACUGUCCACGUUUAGGAUCUCGGUAUCCACGCGGCGAUGAAGCUUUCGGUCGUUUAUUAUUAAGGAUGUUGGAUGCACGGAGCUCACGGAGAGAUGCAACACUAAGUAAAUAAUCUCGAUUUGAAUGUGUUAUAAAUGUAAACGUGUACAGUAACGCUCCGGUUCUAGCUUCACGUCAAAGCCGUCUCUCGCGUUCUCGUGAACCCUGCGCCGCUGACGUGCGUCUGCUCCGAAUGCUCUUGAAGUCUGGUCCGAACCGAAGCACUCGAGCUCUCGGCUCAGCGCAGGGCAGAGGAACCGGGUCUGGGGUUUUGGGGUUUUGAUUUGGUAACAAGUGCUUUGUUAUCAGGUGCUCUCGCUUCUGCCGUGUUGCUCAGGAUAAGCUUAUGUUGUACAUUCACCUCUGUAUAAAUAAAUAAAUAAAUAAAUAAAUAAAUAGCUGGGUUUAUGCACAAAUGUAUACCAUCUAUUCUUGUACGCAAUAAAUUUUCAUUUUGAUA